AUGGAUUCUGACGAUCCGCGGCAGCCUUUAUUGGGCUGCCCUCCUCGUAGUAAGUGGCGCCGUACGGCCAGUAAGAUGUGUAGCGUGGAUUCAUGGAGACGAAGGGUUCCUAUCACUAUUUGGCUGCCUCAGUACAAUCUGGAGAAGUUGUUUCGUGAUGCCAUCGCUGGUAUAACAGUGGGUCUAACGUCAAUACCACAAGGGAUAGCGUACGCCAUCGUAGCAGGGCUUCCACCACAGGUGGGCCUAUACUCUAGUAUAUUCCCCGGCAUCAUGUACGCUAUAUUCGGCAGCUGUAAGCAAGUGACCGUGGGUCCGACGGCCAUAUUGGCAGCGUUAUUGACCAAGUACGUAGCACAAUCUGAAGAUUUUGCGUACUUGGCAUCCCUUUUGACUGGCUGUGUUAUAUUACUACUUGGUGUUUUACAAUUAGGUUUCCUCUUAGACUUCAUAUCAAAGCCAGUAAUAAGCGGCUUCACAACGGCCGCUGCCAUGCAAAUAUCAGCUUCACAAUUAAAAUCAUUGUUUAAUACAACCGGUAGUUCUGGUGGCACGUUCAUAAAGGCUGUUAUAAAUUUUUUCUCGAACAUAAAAUCCGUUCAGUUGUGGGACACCUUGCUAGGAGUUAUCACCAUCAUAUCUCUGUUUCUUCUUAAAUGCUGCUCCCCCUCCCCCUCCUCCCCCCACUCGUGUUACGUCACAUGUCGCGUGUACUCUGUCCGCGCUCGCAACGCCGUAGUAGUGUUCGCGGCUACGGCCGUGGCGUACCUGUUUUACAUCUACGGUAUGACGCCCUUCAAACUCACCGGUAAAAUAGAAGGUGGUUUGCCUAAAUUCGGUCUACCUCCAUUCCAGACUGUAGUAAAUAACAAUACUAUUGGUUUUGAGAAGAUGUUGGAAGUAUUCGGACCUGAAGGUUUCGUGAUGCCGCUGGUAGCGAUACUUGAAAGUAUCGCGAUUGCUAAAGCCUUCGCGGGUACAGCCUCAGUGGACGCUACUCAGGAGAUGCUAGCUGUGGGUAUGUGUAACAUAGUGUCGUCGUUCGCUCAGUGUAUGCCGGCCACGGGUUCCUUCACACGGACCGCCCUCAACCACGCCAGCGGGGUCAUGACACCGGCCGGCUCACUGUUUAAAGCGUCCCUCGUGUUACUAUCAGUAACGUAUUUGUCGGAGGCGUUCUUCUUCAUCCCUCGCUCGACCCUGGCGGGGAUCAUCAUGAUGGCGAUGGUGUCUAUAGUAGACUUCACUAUUAUACCAUCAUUAUGGAGAAACAGUAGUAAGUUGGCUUGUUUUAAAGUCUAUGGACGGGAUGAGUCGGAGUUGUUCGUGUGGUUCCUGACUGUCGUGGUGGGUGUGACGGCGGGUCUAGAGUACGGGAUAGCGGCGGGCGCGGCGGGUGAUGCUCUAAGAGUGAUGUACGCCGCCUCCCGACCGCGGCUGGUCACUCAACAGUUCAAGGUGGGGUCGCUGGACGUGUCGCUGGUGUGUCUCCCUGAUGUAAUGUGUUACUCGAGUGUGGAACAUGUUGGGAGGGUAUUGAGAAAAAUCCCUGGACAUGUAGUUAUUUUGGACGCGAGGAAUAACACACACGCUGAUGUAGGAGUUAUAGAGAAUAUGAACUCUGUGAUCGAGGACAUGGAGAGUGAGAAGUGUCGUUUUCUUCUGUGGUGUGUUGAGGAAGGUCAUGGCUUCCACGGACUCAAAACUACCUUCGUCACUGGAGAUGAUCUGCAACGAAUAGUCACAGAACACUCGGCGAUCUCCGGAAUGUCAAGUAAAAUUAUGGCAAAUUUUCGAGCUCAGGGAAUCGCUUCGUGUGAUAUAGAUGCGACGCCGUAUUCAAAUAUACCAUGCUACACGACCAAAUAUACCACGUACACUGUGGACUUGACCGACCACUUGUAA